GUAAAUCAAACACAACUAGAGAGAGAAACAGAUAGAGAGAGAGAGUCUAACAUGAACCUAGUUUGAUUGUUCCUUACACAUGUUCAUGUCAGAAAUUCAGAAUCUAUGUUCUCUUGCAACUGUUCUCUUCAUCAUCAACAGGAACUGCAUCAUUCCCGAAUCUGAGGUUUUGGAUCUUGAUCUGGGAUAACAUUUCUGGGAUUGCUUCGGAAUUUUGAACUCUGGGGGAUUUCAAGGAAUUGGAGUAAUAUGGCUUGUAUUGAGCAUUCUUCUGAAGCAGGUUCUGGUGAGUGUAGUGGUCAAUUAGUAGAAAAUGGAGGUUUUUAUGGAGAUGGGAGAUGCUAUAAGCAAGCUUCCCCUCCAAGGUGUGGUGGUGGGUCAAGGAAUACUAGUCCUAUCGGUCGCGCCGGCUCGAGGAACACUAGCCCUUCGCGGCAGAAGGUUGUUAAGACGAAACCAAGGGGUUUGGAUGAAGAAACACUUGCUACAUUUGGUAAAGCAGUGCAUGCUGAUGUGCUGAUGGAGGAUAGUAUUUGGGCAAUGCUGCCUGAGGACUUAUUGCACGAGAUCUUAGCUAGGGUUCCCCCAUUUCUGAUUUUCCGGCUUCGUUCGGUGUGUAAACGGUGGAAUUCACUGCUUCAAGACAGUAGUUUUCUGAAAUUCCAUUCAAGUGUUCCAUCCCACGGGCCUUGUCUUCUCACAUUUUGGAAGAACUCACAGAUCCCUCAAUGUUCAGUCUUUAGCUUGCCCUUGAAAACUUGGUACCGAAUACCUUUUACAUUUUUGCCGCAGUGGGCGUUCUGGUUGGUUGGUUCUUCCGGUGGUCUCGUGUGCUUUUCAGGGCAUGAUGGGCUGACAUUUAAAACUUUGGUUUGCAAUCCCCUCACACAAGCUUGGAGAGUGUUGCCGAGCAUGCAUUACAAUCAGCAAAGGCAACUGAUAAUGGUUGUUGAUCGGAUGGAUCGAUCAUUUAAAGUUAUAGCCACAAGUGAUAUAUAUGGUGACAAGUCAUUGCCAACUGAAGUUUAUGAUUCGAAGGCAGACAGUUGGUCAGUUCAUCAGAUAAUGCCUGCAGUUAAUCUCUGCUCGUCGAAGAUGGCCUAUUGCGACUCCAGAUUGUACUUGGAAACCCUUUCGCCACUUGGUUUGAUGAUGUAUAGACUAGAUACGGGAUGCUGGGAACAUAUUCCAGCUAAAUUUCCACGAUCGUUAUUAGAUGGAUAUUUGGUUGCCGGUACCCAGAAGCGUCUUUUUCUUGUCGGAAGGAUUGGCCUUUAUAGUACCCUACAGAGUAUGAGAAUUUGGGAGUUGGAUCAUGUCAAAAUUACAUGGGUGGAGAUCAACAGGAUGCCCCCCAAGUAUUUUCGUGCUUUGUUGAGACUAUCAGCUGAGAGAUUCGAAUGUUUUGGCCAGGACAAUUUAAUCUGCUUCACAUCUUGGAACCAAGGGAAGGGUCUUCUCUUUGAUGUCGAUAAAAAGAUCUGGUCUUGGAUUGGUGGGUGUGCUCUUCAGUCAUAUAACAAUCAAGUAUGUUUCUACAAGCCAAGGUUUGAUGCGUCGAUAUACUAAACUAAAGUCUUGUGGCAGAGGUUUACCAGAGAUCAUUUUGUCGAUGCAUUUUUUGCCAUGACAUUCUCUCUAACUGUUGAUAGCGAUAUUCACCACAACGGAUUGAUUUGUUUAUCAGUUACAUAUCUUACAUCUAAAAGCAUGCCCUUGUCCAUAUGUGCAGCUCGUUAUAAGCUUUUUGAAUGGAAUCAAAAGUGAAGCACCUUUAUGGAGAUACUGACACAAUGUGACUAAGAUCUGGUGUUGAUGCACACAGCUGGAGGAAUGUUUAUAAAUUUCCAGACAAGGGUAUUGAUACAUGUACGGCGAUGACUUUUGGGUCACAAUUUUAUGAAGGUAUUCUCUUCCGCGAUGAUGAUUACUGCUUGAAAGUCUGGAUAUCGAAAUCAUGCUUCUUAAUCUGUUAACUGCUUCCAUGCAUGCUGGCUUACCGGUGUAAUAUAACUGUUUCGAAGCUUCUCUUGAACGGUAACAUUGUGUAACUUUCUCAUGUAAAUGAAUUAUCCUCAACUUGUUUUUUCCUUUCCCCUGAUUCAGAACAUGAUUUACUUUGUAAUUCUGGGAAAUUGAUCCUGACCAAAUUAUAGAAAUUGGCUUAACUGAGUUGUUAUUUUGUAUACUAGUUAUAUAGUAUCUGCUGUAAACAAAAAAAUUGUUCAAAAGUAUAGAGAAGAUAGUCAAAUGGAAUGUGGGAGCUACUGUUUCUUGCUUCCAUUCUUUUGCAAUCUCUUCUCAGUACUCAGUAGUGUUCUGUGCCAAAUUUGAUCAAGGAGAAAGGUAUGGAAUUAUCACUCCACCAUUUGUGAAAUUGUUGAUUCAUAGGGAAGAAUAUGUGAUCUAGCUUCCCAAGUUUGAUAAGAGCUUUGUGAAAGCAGAUACAUUUUUCACACACUUUUGCUCUUUCCUAAUUUGUUACUAUUAAUUAUUGUUGGUGGUGGUUUGGUCAGCACCAUCAGCACCAUGUUUUGUUUCCUAUGUUUGCAUUCCAAUCAUAUAGUUCAUAAAUUGGAAAUGGUUAGAUCUCACUGUCAUAACUUGAUUAACCAUUAACCUUUGACAUUUCUACAUCUGGCCUAGUGUUCAUUGCAUUUGGAGAAACACAAUGCAUGAUGUGAUUUCAGGAAGUUGAGGUUUCAGUGAUUAUGCAUUGUAGACAUUAAUCAUACAUUGGUUUUAACUUCCCUGCUUAUGUUUGAGGCAUUCUGUGGUUUCCACAUUAUGCAAAAGGAAAAUAAACAGAUAUGUGCAUGUGAAUUUGUCUGAUAUAUAUAUUUUUCAUACACUAAUAGUGUAUUGCCACGUCAGCAUAAGUAACUAAUUAUUUAGUUGCUUUGACUUGUUUGGAAUGGCCCUCAAUCAUAG